UUGGACAUAUUUGGCAACCCUAUGCUUGGGUUGCUGUGGUGCUCACUCGCUCGCGGCUCAUUGGCAUCUUAAUCAUUGAGGUUGCGCGUCCAUCGACGGGGAUUCAUUUGCAGUGACGGUUACGUUGGAUGUGACUGUGACGGAGUCUUCCGUCCGGCUUAAGUACCAAGUCUUACCUGCGUAUCAGUUGAAGAUAUCCUGAAGAAGUUCGCAGUAUGAAAAAGGCUCCAUCGGUGGUUUUAAAGUGAAGCGAAGCAAGCGCAUUUUCACAAUUUCCAGAAUUCUAUACAUAGGCGCGCUACUGGGGAGUUCGACUCGUCGUUGGAGUCGUUGACAUGACAGUUCCUGUACGACCUGUUUGGGGUGUUGUGCGAUGAGUGUUGGCUUAAUUGAAGGAUGUGCAACAUCAACAUCAACCUCAGGACCAAGUUAAAGUGAAACUACAAAAUGGAAAGCGUCGCCUAAUCAUGUGUUUAUAUGUGUAUCAUCGUCAUACACGUAUAAUGCAUAAUCGAAGCUUAGAGGAGGGAAAAUGAGUGUGUGCGAAGCCGAAAGCAGAGUCGGGGUCGGAGCCGUUGCCAUUGCCAAUGCCAAUGUCAGCGGCUCUGGAAACGAUGGCGGAAGCGGCAACAACAGCAACUCCAAUAAUGAUACUACGCAGCGAACAAGUGGUGCCGGCGAGGUUCAAGUGGAUGUGGAUGUGAACAGUAGUGGCGUGUCUAGCAACAUGUCCAACAAUGCCUACGAUGAAGUUGCUGGGAAAUCCGCUGGAAUGAGUUCAAGUGCAAGAGUAAAUAAAAAGGAGCUUAAGGAUGGCACAGUAAGGAGUACGGGCAUGCAUGACAAUAGGAGCAGCAGCUGUAGUAGCACGAAGGAUUGUUGUGAUCGGAAUCAGGUGGUUUCUGCUAAAUUUGAGUCUAAAAAGCAGCCAGAGGUGCCGGCGGCUGCUAGCAACGAUCAGGUUACGGCCGGCGCAGUUGAGACAUCCAGCGGCACAUCAAUUGAUGUAGCUGCGUAUGCUGCUCCUUCCAUUGAUGCACUGGUGGCCUGUAAGGACAUGCUCUUUGCUCAAAAGCUCUUUGCGAGUGGUGGCAGUGGCCCUAAAGACCUACUAAAGCUUAAGGAGCCAAUGCGCGUGGGCUUUUAUGACAUCGAGCGAACCAUAGGAAAGGGCAACUUUGCGGUGGUUAAGCUGGCGCGCCAUAGAAUAACCAAGAACGAGGUGGCCAUCAAAAUCAUCGACAAAUCUCAAUUGGACCAAACGAAUCUGCAGAAAGUUUACCGCGAGGUCGAGAUCAUGAAGCAUCUUAAGCAUCCACACAUCAUAAAGCUCUAUCAGGUUAUGGAAACGAAGAACAUGAUAUACAUUGUGUCGGAAUACGCCAGUCAAGGCGAAAUAUUCGAUUACAUCGCUAAGUAUGGGCGCAUGUCUGAGACGGCAGCUCGUUUCAAGUUCUGGCAAAUAAUUUCGGCCGUAGAGUACUGCCACAAAAAAGGCAUUGUUCAUCGAGACUUAAAGGCUGAAAAUCUGCUCCUUGACUUUAACAUGAACAUAAAGAUAGCGGACUUUGGCUUCUCUAACCAUUUCAAGCCUGGUGAGUUAUUGACGACUUGGUGCGGCUCGCCUCCGUAUGCCGCGCCCGAGGUGUUCGAGGGGAAGCAAUACACCGGGCCCGAAAUCGACAUUUGGUCUCUCGGCGUUGUGCUGUACGUACUCGUUUGUGGUGCCCUUCCUUUUGAUGGGUCAACGCUUCAAAGUCUGCGGGAUCGUGUGCUCUCCGGUCGUUUCCGAAUACCAUUUUUUAUGUCAUCAGAAUGCGAACACCUCAUUCGCCGAAUGCUUGUCCUGGAGCCAACGCGUCGCUACACAAUCGAGCAAAUUAAGAAUCAUCGUUGGAUGUGUCCCGAACUUCUGGACCAUGCUAUCAUUGCUAAAUAUAAUAUGAAAGUUGAGCGCAACGCUAUCUUGGAGCCCAAUGAAGAUAUAUUGCGCAUCAUGUCGGAGUAUGUGGGGAUAGGACCGGAAAAAACAAGGGCAAGUCUGAAGAAAAACACAUACGAUCACGUUGCGGCCAUAUACUUGCUACUUCAGGACCGUGUGAGUAACAAAAAGUUUGCACUGGAACAAGCUUCAAAGCAGGUCGCAACCGCAUUGGUAGAGCCACCUGCAAACAAGCUAUCGGCCGCACCUGGGGCAGGAACAGGAGGUGCUUCAACUCGCUUACUUUACAAACAAACCAAGCAAGCUGCUGUGGAACACAUGCCUCUGGCUCUGCCUUUUCCUCUACCCGUAUCUCUGCCGAUGAGUGCCGGGACACCGACUGCAUCCACGUCACCUCAUAAGGCAACCCACUAUCUACUCAGUGAGCAGCAACAGAAGACAAUAUCCACCACGAUUCUAGCCAAGGAUCAACAACUUAUAAGACUUAGCCGACAUCAGACUGUUUUAAUGAGUGAACGCGCUACUGGGCCUGGUGCUAGUGCUGCUGCGAAUCCAGCCACUGCCGACCCAUAUUAUGCAUCCCAGCAGCGACCAGUGGGGGCCGGUGCCUCGUUUGCGAACGAUCAUCAUCAGCGAUACAACGGCGAGGGCAUGGCCCUAAUCCCCAAGGACAGUAGCGGACUACCUUCUCCCAGUCGCUACACACCUCUGCACUCACUGCCGGGCGCCGUAAAUACCGCGUACGCGUCCACAACAAAUUCGUCUAAAUUAAGUCGGCAUAAUUUAAGUACCAUUAGCAACCUAAGCGGCGGCCAUCGUCCCAUCGUCGCUUCACUGAGCAUCGACAAUAACGGAAAGCCGCCAUCGUUAUCAAAUUUAAAAGGCCGGGAAAUACUGCUGGCCUCUACUCAAAACGUAACCGCGGCGGUUAAUCAAAAUCAUGCGCCUCCGACGCAUAAGCAACUGCACCAAACCAUUAGCGAUUACAUCAUUAAGCAGAGCACUGAGGACUGCCGCCUGUUGCUCCAACAGGCCACUGCCAUCGCAGAACCCAACAAGCAGCAGCGCUCCGCGGAGAUAUGUGACCCAGAUGAGGACAAUCAACAUCAACAUCACAAGAUGCAUGGCCAAGGCUAUGCAGAGCGAGCUGUUGACAACAAGACAAUAAAACCAAUGUCAAGCUCUACGAGCUUCGACUCGACAACCAAUCUGAAUCAGAGCUUUCGCUUUAAGAUGUCUGCAGAAGCUACUAAGCUCUUUCAAACCUUACAGGAAAGUCCAUUGCCAAUAGACAAACCAACAAAGAAAGCUGAAUUAACGACAACGACAACAACAACUACAACGACAACGACAUCGACAACGAUAAUAAACGGAAGUCUAAACGAAACCAAAAACCACGAACUGCAAGUGCAGCAGCCCCUGCAUGACGAGCUGCAGCCGAAUGGCGACGUCGGCGUAGCGCAGGCCAGAAGCCAUAUGCAGACGAAAGGGAAACAGGAGAAAAAGUCAUUUGAGAAAAAAGUGCUUACUCAGGGAAGUUCCAGCACGGACGAGGGCUGCGAAACCGACCAAGGCAACGAAACAAAGGACGGUUCGCAGUCGUCCACGGACCUAACGAUGGCCCAGACGGCGCGCAUGCGCUCAUAUGCCAGUAGCAGCAGUUCCAGUGGCGUUCUGGCAGGUAGCUACUCGAAGAGCCUGAGCCAGAACCUUAGCCGUGGCUCCUCCAAAAGCAACUGCUCCGCCUAUGAGAGCAUUGAUUUCGUACUGCCGCAUGGUGCGGUCGCUGACAUUGCCGGUAGCCUACCCUCUUGCAUGAGUAACUCCAUGCUGGCGGCUGCAGCUGCGGCUGCCGGUGGCAGCGAACACUCUUCGGAUCGAUCACUUUACAGCAGCCACAACUCAUGCAUUCACAUGCCCAGUGUGGUGGGGGGCACAUCUGCAGCUGCAGCCGCAUCCACAGCUACAGCCACACGUCCGCAUCCACUCAGCAUGGGUGGGGCUGGAGUGCAAACCACACCGCCGCCACCUGCCCUAGCUGCGGCAAUGUCACCAGCUUCAUUCGCGGACAAGCGCUCGCCUAUUCAUUUUAGGGAAGGCCGCCGCGCCAGUGACGGACUUGUAGCUCAGGGUCUGCUGAGCUCGCCGUCGUUGCUUAAUGCCAGCCGUGUGUAUGGAAGUUACCGCUACGAUGCCAAGCGACAUGGCUGGCUGGAGAUCCAACAACUGCAACAGGAGGCCUUCACGCUCAAACAACCACCAACGUACGCGCCCAUCAAUCUACUCACGCCGCACGACGAUUUAAAUAGCAGUCAAUUCCCACACGGUCAAUUUUACACGAUGUCCAGCGCCAAUGCCAACCAUAAGUCGCACGGUCUUCACUCGCAUGCCCACCAACAUGGCUUGCAGGGGCCGCAGUUGGCACAUCCGCCUGGUUCGGUGGUUCUGCCUCCACCACCACACCAUCACCAUCAUCACCACCAUCAACAGCAUGCUAAUCCCCAUAUGUACCACCAUCAGCAUGCUGCAUCGGCGGCAGCAGCAGCAGCAGGAUACGUGCACGUUCCUACACUGCCACCACCACCUCCACUGCCACCGGCCACAGUGCAGCUCCUUCUGCGUGCAACCGAGAGCUUUGAACCCGGCAACGAUCUUUAUGGUGCUCAUGUAGGACGCUACGAAGCCGGCGCUUGCUAUAGUGCACCCCCUGCACCACGCAUCCCAGAGGUCUCGUCGGGUCUCUACCAUCAUCUGAACGUGCUCUCACCAAUGCAGAAAGCGCCGCUACAACAACAAUUGCUGCAGCACCGACUAUUGCAACAGCAGCAAAAACGUCAAUUGUUCCAGAAGCAGUAUGCCUUAGAGGCCCAACUGGGCCGCCACCAUCAAGCCAAUAACUAUAAGAUUGGUGCGGCAGUCGGCUUUCAUGCGCCGAUUACCUCGAUGACGUCCAAUUCAGCCCUGGAGCAGCAAAUGGUAGACGAUCUGUAUGAUUUUAGCCUGCUAGAUCGCCCUAGAAGUGGCACACCUAGGCUGCAGCACUCACUAACAACACCGG